CUGACCGCGUGUUUUACAUCCUUGUGAGCCUGUCGGCUUACUAGGUUGACCCGUUGAGAUUCAUAGAGAAUGUGAAAGGGAAUCACAGGAGUGUCGAGGAGGGGAUGAGAAAGACGUCAAUUUCUCGUCCUCUUCGUGCAUACUCUGCCUCUUUCUUUCAUCACCCAAGCUCGUCCUCCCCUAGCACCACUUCCUCACCUCAGCUUCCCCCCACGAACGUGCACUCUUUUUUCCUCUUCAAGAUGCAAGACCUGACGCUUGCUACCCUCCUCGCCUCCCUCCAUCGCGCUCGUCAGCGCUGCCAUGAUCCAGGAUGUCAAGAACGACGUUACGACGAUCUAUUUUGAGAUUUCACAGCUCAAGAGUUCUCCCUCCUCAAACAGGAUCAACGAUAUCAGAUAUCUGUAGAUCGACCAGAAAACCGAGACCCUGGACAAGGCUGCCGGCAGGGCACCCUGACGCCAACUCUGUCGACUCGGUCUCUGAUGCCGAUGCCAACGACACUCUCAGCGCCUUGACGACACGGGGCAUAUCGUUGCGUGAGGUGACGGCGGAUGCCCAGCUCGCGGUACAUGCGGGCCAGGCUGCACAGAGAAUGAGUUGCCGAGUUCACCACGGCCGACGAUUGGCCCUUUGCUUCGCGCGCUCAACUGCCAGCUACAUCUCCCAGCGCCUUGUGACGCUCAGGCCCAAGUUCUAUUCGCUUGGUAUCUUCGGCAUCACCAAGAGUGACAUCAACAACCUGCAGACCGACGUCAAGGCUUUCGAUGUGGCGCUCAUCGCCAAGGCCCCGUCCGCCGAGCAGGCCUCGGCCCAGUCGCUAGCUGACAAAUUCAACCAGGACUUGCGACUGCCGGCGAGUGCCCUAUGCGCAACAUUGGUUUCAUCUUUUCCGCGCAAGAUGUUCCGAUCGGAUCAGCUCACGAGUAGCGAGUCUUGGUUUGAUGCUUGUCCGCGGUCGCCGCUUACAACGAAGCGAACGUGAGUGCUCAGAACGGGAGCCGAAAAUCAAAAUCAUGCGUAUAUAUCUUGGCGCAUCUCCAAAAGUGUUUAUCUUGAGAGAGAAAAAUGCGUUUGCCUCUUGAACCUCUGGGAGCCGUGUGAAGCGAUUGUAAGGGCCUUGCCGUGGCCCAAUCAAAUUUUCAGCUUUACACACGGAGGGAAGGCGACCGAUCCGUGCCGGCUUCAAACGGCAUCCCUCGCAACUGCCUGCAGGAAGAUGAUUGUAGACACCCUGUGGCCUGCUGCUUGCACCACUCCCUCCCUUCCCGUCGUCAUCAGCACUUGCUUGAUCCUGCGGCACAA